AUGUCCAAACAACAAAUACCAGCCACAUCUGCGCAACCACCCCAAAUCACCCUAGAGGACAAACCAAUCACCACGGAGCCAAAACCUGUCAACGACAUGGAAUUAUCACAACAAGAAGAGCAACCAAAUCAGUUCCUCGAUCCUCAACAACAUACCAAAGACCAUGAUAGCUCCAGUGACACUGAAUCUGAAUUCACUGAUAUUGGCAGUGGUUACCAAAGAGAACUGAACGAAUGUAGUGAAUUCGUUACCAGUUGUUGUACUUGUUUUGGAGCCCUUGAUACAUGUUUGCCAAAGAAUGGUGAAGGUUGUUUCACAUCUACUCUUACAUUCAUUGGUAACAUCUUAUUCGGUUGUUGUAAACGUUAG